CUAUCAAGAAGUACUGGCGGUCGUCGUCGUCACCGUCGUCCGUCCGUCCGUCCGUUCGGUCGGGUCCGUGGUACAGUUGUCACAAUGACGCGACAGUUUAAUUUUUUUUCGGUAUCGCAGUUACCGCCGGCCGGUGGAAGCUUAGUGGCCAGUUUUACACGUGAUUCGAGUCGAUGCGGAUGCACCAAACCGUCCUCGUAAGGUCCCACAAUAGAAGCUGGCAAAGAUGUUGGUUCUACGGUAUUUAGCGUCGUUCUAUAACUAUGUGAACUAUGAAGUCAGCGAUCCUCGCGUGAGUAACUGGUUUUUGAUGGAAACGCCAUGGCCGGGUCUGGCACUGCUAGGAUUUUAUCUGAUGUUCGUACUCAAAUGGGGUCCAAAGUGGAUGGAGAACCGAAAACCAGUGAAGAUCGAUCUGAUCAUCCGUGUGUACAAUUUGGUUCAAGUCUUUAUUUGCCUGUUUCUUUUUGUGGAGGGAUGGCGGUUGGGAUACAUGCGAGACUACAAUGUUCUCUGUCAACCGGUCAACUAUUCCUAUGAUGAAGGGCCCCUAGCGAUUGCCCGACGGUGUCACAUAUACUUUUUGGUUAAGGUGAUGGACCUGCUCGAUACAGUAUUCUUCGUGUUACGGAAAAAACAGAAUCAGGUUAGCUUUCUUCACGUGUACCACCACACGGGGAUGGUGAUGCUUUCUUGGAGCGGAGUCAAGUGGUUUCCAGGCGGUCACGCGGUAUUCAUGGGAUUUCUCAACAGCUUCGUCCACGUUGUGAUGUAUUAUUACUACUUCCUGACAUCAGUUAGUCCCAAAUAUAAGGGGAAUGUAUGGUGGAAGAAACAUAUCACACAACUUCAAAUUAUUCAAUUCGGGCUCAUCUUUCUGCAAUGGUUUGCGCUUAUCUUCCAGCCGAAUUGUACAUUCCCCAAAUGGCCACUGUUUGUGCUGUUACCGCAAAACCUCUUCAUGUUUGCACUAUUUCUCGAUUUUUACUAUCAGGCAUAUAUCAAAAAGAAACCAGUAUCCAAGGAUGCAGCACAGCACACAAACGAAUCCCGUGAGAAGAAGAGCGCUCAUCAAUCAAUACAUUUUGAGAAAGCUAUGAUUAACACUCACACAGACUAGCAGUUCAACGUUUCGCCGUAAACUUAAUCAAGUGCCGUAGCUGCUAAGUCUGAUUAGAAUUUAAUGUAGCGAUAUUUUAUGUUAGAAAAUGACGAUGCAUGAUUGAUUUCGAAGCAUUAAAAGGUGUGCAUUUCGUUACCAAAGUGAAGCGUAUAUUAA